GCUCGUCGGAGGCUCACCGAAUCAAGGCCGCCGGCCGGCUUGGCGAAAGGGCGGCCGCCGCAAACCACCGAAGCCCCAGGAACCGACCGAAGACCCUGAGUCCCGAUGAUCCUGCAGCCGCCCCUGGAGCGAGGCCCGCCGGAUCGGGCCCAGCGCGACCCGCGGGCCGCCUCGGGGCCGCCCCGAGGCCUGGACGCUAGCUCUCCUCCCCGAGGAGCUGUGCCCAUGAGCACCAAGCGGCGCCUGGAGGAGGAGCAGGAACCCCUUCGAAAGCAGUUCCUGUCCGAGGAGAACAUGGCCAGCCACUUCUCGCGCCUCAGCCUGCACAAUGACCACCCGUACUGCAGCCCCCCUGUGGCUUUCCCCUCAGCUCUGCCUCCACUCAGAAGCCCUUGCUCUGAGCUGCUUCUCUGGCGCUACCCUGGGAACCUGAUCCCUGAGGCUCUCCGGCUGCUGAGACUGGGGGACACCCCCGAGCCCCACUAUCAUGCAACACUAGCUGGGGACAUAAUGGAGCUCUGAGGGCUGGCAGCACCCCCUGCCUGCCUACCUUCCCCUUGACGGAGACCAGCACCCUCAUGAAGGACCAACUGCCCUGCUUAGCCCAUUCCGGCCUCUGGGCACCAGGACCCUCCCCAGUAGAGGACUUGGAGCCCAGCCAGAAGGUGCCCUGGGUGGGAGGGGAGGCGCCCCCACCAGAACUGAAUAAAGGUUGCUGAGCUUUA